GAGUUGUUGUCAGCGAUGAAGAAAAUGUUGGACCCGCAGUAUGUGAAAAGGCUGUUUGACAGCAUAGAUGACAUGGGGUUUGAGGUGAGUAUGGAGGCCAAGAUGACAGCGACCAAGCCGGACUGGAAAGAGGAGGAGGAGGAGGCAUUUCCACAGCAAGUGCGGAAUCACGAUGCAUCAGUGCCAAGUGCCAAAAAUCGGAGCAGAGACCAAGAGGUUUCUGCUGAAUUCGAUGUGUCCAAAAAUUCGAAGAAGAGAGCCUUGGAGGGAACGUUUUCCCCGCAACCAAAGAAGUUCUGUACCUCAGAAUUCUUCCGCGGGCAGGAGGUUUUACACAGUACAAAUUCAAUCUCGGAGCAGAACCAGUCGAACUUCAGUCAUUCCAGCUCGCCCGUCUAUGGAAACCACAAUUCCUCACUGCUCGCUUCUCCUCCGCAGAACAUUGUCUGUGACAUGAGUCCAGGGCGCGCCAAGCCAGGCCCGGCCUUGCGUUCUUAUUAUGAUUCUGUCUUGCCCCAACCUCCUCGCUCAUCAGAAGGCGGCGGCCCAGUACGCGGCCUCCUUCCCCCGGAGCCCAGGAAAGGGUUCCACCACGAACACAGUGCUCAAAACACAUCAACGAAUCAAGGUAAAGACUGCCAUGGCGGAGGGGGGAUUUCAGACAUGUCUGAGAACCAGGCGGGUGACGCUGCCUUCUCGAACCAGGGCUUUCAGAACAACCCGAAGUGUGUCGAAAGCCCUCGCUCUUAUCGCCAGUCUGAGCCCAACAGCUCACCCAUUUAUCCGUCGAUAGCUGCUCAGAAUCACCAUUUCCCUCAUAAUUCGCCCUCGCUUAUCCAUUCACCACAAGCAAGAACUUUUCCUCAAGGAGAACAAUCUAUUGUUCCAUCAUUCCCACACACAAAUCAGACAGACCAAAAUUUCCACUUUUCGUCUCGAAUGGAGGUUCUGAUCAGCACCCAGAGGCACCAACAGCAGUACAUGCAACAAUCAGAACGACAGCAGUUACAAUUCAAACAACAGCCUUUAAAACAGCAAGAUGCAGCGCAAAAUCACCAAGAUCAGCAUCGACAGCAUUCCCAACCAAAUCAGCAAACUCAACAAUUAAAUUAUCAGGUUCAUAUCAAUUGUCAGCAGUCAUUACAGAAUUACCAACCAGGUAGAUCGUACCAACAAACAAGACAAUUGCAAGAGCAACAUCAAAAAACAGGACAUCAGUUUCAACCUGGAGCAAUAUACCAACAAUCUAUACAAACCGAACACUCAGUACAACCCCAACCAUCAGAACUGAAUCUCAAGCAAUUAGGUCUUUGUCAGCAGCCGGAAAUGCAGCAUCAACAACAAGACAUGCAUCAUCAACAGUUAAGACAGCAAAACCAAAUGGAACUGCAGCAUCAGCAUUCCAGGCAUCAACAAUCUGAACAGCAAUACCAGCAGACGAGACACCACCCGUCAGACCCGCACCACCAACAGAAAAGACAUCAGCAUCAUUUACACCAACAACAGUCAGGCCAGAUUCAGUAUGUGAGCCAUCAGACACAGGAUCGUCCUCAGACACAACUAAACGCGAAUGGACGUGGACAGGCGUUUCCUUCUGGGCAGAUCCAGCAAAAUCCUUCUCUUCAGCAGUGGCAUUCCAGUUCUGCGUUCUGCCACACGCAAAAUCAGAAUGGAAAUUAUGGACUGUAUGAUCCCUUAUCAAUUGCGUCCUCUUCAAGCAUGCACCACCCAGGCUCCACAACCAUUCAGACCAAGUCCUCGGGACCACAGUUUUGAUAGGAAGACGGUCACGGAACAAACCUGGGUAUGCGAAGAGACAAGCUUUCUUCCUGAAUUAUUUCCGAUUGAAAAGUUGCUCUCGAAAAUCAUUUCCUUCGAUGUGGCUGUGUACUUAUGGAUAAUCAAAUAUAUAUUUAUAACAUAAAGUGAUAUACAGUUUCUGAAUAUCAAAUAUAAUAUAAUUGAUAUUUUCUUGAGAUGUUUACAUUGGAUACGUUAUCCAAACUAAUUGACUAAUAUAUUUUUGAUGAAUAAA